CCCGGCCGGUUUCGAAAAUUAUGACUCGCUCUCGGCUUCUGUGCAACGAGGUCACGUGGCCAGACAACAACACACUACAGAUCGAACGUUGACAUAAUACGGGGCAAGAGGUUUCAUUCGAUACACAUGCGACGGAUCAACAAAACCCUGCGAGUCGCACACAACGCUCACCGAUCGAAUUCAUAAUGACCCAGUCUCUGCACCGCGCGGGUAGAUUAUAGAAGUCAACUGGUUAUUUGGUAAACAAACGGAUUAAUGAAUCCGAGUAGCGGCAGAACUUUUUUUUAUGAUCGCUGAUGGAAUACAGAGACACCGAGUUGUGGAAACUGGAAACCCUACCGGACGAAAAGUGAGCUCUUCCUUUUUGUCUUUGGUAAGAUGAACUUCGUGUGCAGUCGAGGAUGAUAAACUGUGUUGUUAACGUGACUGCAGUAUUAUCUGAAAUAAUGCACAGUUACAUGUAGAAGACAGUGCUUUAUGUCUCUCUGGUGAAACACAGAGUCACAACCGGCCUACAAAUCCUGGUGAGUUAGAAGGAUACAGUUGCUGAAAGUUCGAGAUCUCGAGAUGUGAGAAAUAAUCAUGCAAUGGACGACAGUUUAUAAGUGAAGCUUCGAAGGUGUUUAACUGCGAGUCAACAGCAACUUUGGACCGAUGUAGGCUUUUACACAUUGGAAAGUGGCCCUGGCAAGUGGCAAGUGUCCCUUUGAUAAGAGAAGUUGUCAAACGUUCGAGAGCACGAGCUGAGAGAAAUAAUCAUGUAAGGGUAAAGAUUUUAAAACAUCUAACUUGUUUGCAUAUAAUCUGCAGUACGUCUGGACCGAUGUAGGCCUUCACAGUGGAAUCUCAUAAGAGUGGCAAGACUUGUGCCUUUGAUAUUCAAACCAAUGGAUAACUAACAUGGGUUCGAAUUCAUCUCUGAAGCCGAUGGGUAAUCAGGACCCAGUUAGGAAUUUGAAUGAGACUCGAUCAAAACAUUAGUAAGGCCUAGGAGAGAGAAAAGACCGGAGAAAUCAUGCCGAGCAACUCAACCACCUUCCCCCCGUUGGGGACCGGGAGGCCCUCUGCACCGCAGCGCGCUCGCACGGCCCACACCGCGUCCUCCUUGCCACUGGCCGGGAAUGCCCGCGUCUCAACCCAUCCCCUACUUCCCCCUCACCACAUGAUGAGGCGGCAACCUCAUCAUCACCACAGACAACACCAUCCUCCUCUUCACGGACACUACUCUCCCCAGACCCACCGCCGUCACGUCUCGGAUACGCCGGGUAGGGUAGGCUGUUCCGUCACGGAUCACCUCGUUGAGCUCUGUGAUGCCCCGGAACUCCCCGAAAUUUCAGAGCUGUUGAGGCAGGGUGCGGUGAGUCGAGCGACCAUCGUACAGAUGAUCGAGCAAGGAAUAUGCCGCACCUCCUUCAACGAUGUUCAGAGGUUUCCCGCUAUCCACCCGUCCAUCAUGAGUGCCAGGAUGGAAAGAAUCGUUCGGUACAUCACCUUUGUCUCAGCUCCACCGAUCGAGAGACGAGCACCGAAAGACCGACCAAAGUCGUGGGACAGAAAAGCCUACAAGCCUUUGGGUCCAGAGGAAUGUUUUCGCUGCCAACUCCAGACAGACCAUGCAGUGUGUGAGCGACACAAAUAUCUGCGAGUUGGCGGCGGUUUUCGGCACAGCUACUGGUACAUCAAACAGACGAUGGACGUCAUUGAAGCGGAGCAUCGCAAGGUAGCUGAGGAGGUCCGCCAGAGGUACAUGGCUGAGUUGGCCUCGAAGGCUAGGCAAGCUCAGUCACGGCGAAGGAUCAAGACGUACGUGCGAGGAGCGGACGGCAAGCUCGUCAGCCGCUACUGCUUCGUGACGGAGGAAGAGUUCCAAGAGAUGAAGAAAGAUGUCAAGCUGGCUAGGAAGAUCCUGGGCGUGGCUGAAGACGAGGAGCUGGAGGACUGGGUCAGCUCGAAGAGGAAAUAUGUGGUGGACGAAAAGGGGGAAAUCGUCCAAGUUUCAAGGCGAAAGAUUGGGGACAGUGCGUACGAGGAGAGUAUCGAGAGUGCAGAUGUUAACAACAACUACUACCCCGGGAAAGACGGUCGGAGAAGAGGGAGAAGGGGACGCCACCAUCGUCGGGACAGCGACAGCGACAGCUUCGAGAGCGGCAUGGGCAACAGCAUCCUGGAGGAGGGCGAGGGCGGAGGGCGCCGCCGUCGGAGGCACCGUAGAGGGCGCCACGGCUCCGGCGGUCGGUACUCCUCCGUGGAGUCGGUCGAGUCCUACGUCAGCGAGGGCGGGACCAGGCGGGAGCGGACAGUGCGCAGGCGCAGGCGGCGUUGCAGCAGGGACGGGUCCGAGAGUUCGUACUACGAGGACGAAGAUGGUAAAAUGCACCGCCGACGGAGACGCCAUCGUCGCCGGUCGUACAGCGGGAGUGACUCGGGUACCGGGCUGGACAGCGGCGACAGCCGGCACGGCAGGCGGCGUGGGGGCCGGCGGCACGGACGUCACCGCAGGCACCGCGGACGCGACUACAGCGAUGACGAGUACAGCAGCGGAAGCUACGACAGCAGGGACGGCGGCAGAGGGAAAGGAAGACGGCGAGGGAGGGGCAGGAGGGGGAGGUACAGCAGCUACUCCGAUGAUGAUAGUUAUGAGGAUGGCUCGCGGUCUGGGAGGAAACGAGGAGGCAGGAGGCAUCGGAGGAGACACAGGUCGUAUUCUGAUGAAAGUGAUCUAAGCGGGGACGAGGGAGAAGGCAGGAGGAGAAGACGUAGAGGGCGCCACCAUCGGUCGAGGCAUCAUGGCGGACAUUCCUCGGACUCGUCUGACUACACAGGAAGCGAUGACUCAAGACGAAGAGACAGGCGCCACCGUCGACGACGCCAUCGCGGCCGUCGCCACGGCAGCGGCGAUGACGUCAGCUGGUCGGGCGAAUCAUCAACCGAUGGAGGUCACGGUGGGAGGGGUCACCGUAGAGGGCGCCGUCACCGACGCCGACGAUACAGCGAUGACAGCGGGACGUCACUUGACGGCGAUUCCUAUGACGGGGAGGGCGGAGCCAGAGGGGGCAGGAGGCGGAGGAGGAGGCACAGACGAUCCGACAGUUAUUCUGAUAGUUACUCCGAUUCGGAUGGCGGGUCUAGAGAUGGAAAGGGGCGUGGCCGUAGGCGGAGGCAUAGACGGCGCCGCUACUCCGACGACAGCGACGCAAGCUACUACAGCGAUGAUGACGAAGACGGUGGCGGAAGAAGGCGGGGCCGAAGGAGGGGCGGCGGCAAAAAGGGCGGGAGACGUGGCCGUGGAAGGCACAGGGGCGGGGGCAGCGGCAGUUACGACACGGAGGAUUACUCCGGCAGCGAAGGAUCGUACUCAUCGGGAAGUUCUUAUAACAGUUCUGACGACUAUUCGUCCUCGGAGUCUCUCCCCGUCAGCUCUGAGGUCAGUGACGCCAGCGACCCGAGCAGCGUGCAUUCCAGCGACCUCUCGUCCAUCGACAGCGAUCUGGACGAGGAAGAACGGGAGUGCGUCAAGGCCGAAAAGAAAGCCAAGAAACUGGCCGAGAAACGCGCCGCCAAGCAGGAGAAGAAGGUGGUGGCGCGGAAGGAGGCACGGGAAGUAAAAAGAGAGCAGAUCAGGCAGGAGAAGAAGGAGCGGAGACGGGAGCGGAGGAAGGAGAGACGGGGCGAAGACGGGGAUGGCCGAGGCAGGGGAAGGGGAAGAGGUAGAGAUAGACGGGAUAAGAGAAGACGUCACCGAACCCCAACCAGUCGCUCAGUGAGCGUGUGCAGUAGCGUCUCCAGCGUCCGCAGUGACGAGAUCUCGGACGUGGACAGCGCCCUCGUCGGCGAGGAAAGAGAACGCGCCAUCAAGGCCAAGAAGGCCCAGAAGAAGGAGGAGAAGAAGGCCGUCAAGCAAAAGGAGAAGGUGCAAAAGGUUAAGGAAGAGCAUCGGGAGAAAAGGCGGGAAAAAGAACGAAAAAGAAUAAAACGCGAGAUCGAGCGAGAGAUGGAUCGCAUGAGCACGCCGAGUGACAUCAGCAGCGUGCACAGCAGCGAGUUGUCCAGCCUCAGCGACGCCGAGGGGAUGACGGAGGAGGAGAGGGUUAGAAAGAAAAAGGAGAAGAAACAGAAGAGGAUAGAAGAAAAGAAGAAGGAGAGGAAGAUGCUGAAAGCUGUACAAAAGGUCAUGGCAAAAAGGAAGAAUCGCAGGGGGUCAGGCUCUUCCGACGAUUCCUAUGCCAAAGGGAAGCAGGAUUUCUACGACCUCCCUCCGGAAAUUCAGAAGACCAUGGUGAAAUACUCCAAGGGGAGUAAACGUGGCUUGUUGGGCGAAGAGGGAAUGGAGUGGCUAGAUGACUGGAAAAAUAAAAAAGAACGAGAAAAAAGGAAAAAGAAAAGCAAGAAGGGAAAAGAAGAGUUCACAGGUGAAAUGAUGGAACUGCGGGCCCCGGACGGCCGCAUCAUCCGCGUGCCCAAGACCAGCCUGUACGACGUCUGGAAACAGACCAAGAAAGUCCGGCUAAAGAAGGACGGCACGGUGGCCCGUGACAGCGACUCGGACGCCGAGACCAUCGAGCUGGACUCGGACGGGAACAUGACCACCCAGCCCAAGACCUUGGAGCUGAAGGAGGCAGGGUACUACGCCAAGUGGGAUGGGUUUGCUGAGCCGCCGGCCACGCCCACACAGGGCGGCAGGAUCAAGUUCCAGGGAGUGCGUAAGGUACACCACGCGUUCCGUAAAGACAAGGGCGUGCUCACUGAACAUCUCAAACGGGUCCUGGACACGGCAUCAGAGCUGACCGAUCCCAGGCCUGGGGAACGGGUGGAGGUCAGCAGAGGUAGUGACAGAGGUGCAUGGGAAUCUGUGGAUUUUAUCAGCCACUUUCGAUUGGUGGAGAACUACAAGUUGGAUCCAUUAGGCAGGGCAUUUGUUGUAGAAGACGUUGACUACGACUGUUCCCUGAAUGGCCAGGAGAUGCGCGCAGCCGUAGAGGGCGUACCCAGUCUUUCAACUAUCAAACCAAAGCAAUUGGAAUAUGUACUCAAGGUACUGAACAUUGAUGACCACACAGCUGUAAGUUUCAAAAUGUUCGCAGUUGUAGCUGGAGUCUGCGAGAGAAUGUGCAACAUGGACUCCUUUGGCAAAUACAUUCUGGACAAAACUGACCUGCUCGACAUUGCCCGCAAGAUGGCGCUGUACAAGUCCAUUUUCUACUGUAAUGUGAACUCGGAGCGGAGCGAUAACCACAUCACGGCCGAGUCCCUACGCAUCGAGCUGAUGGCUGGCGGGCUGAACCGGGAACAAGAGCGGUACAUCAUGUCCAAGAUGAACCCCAAUGAAUACGGAGAGAUCUCCUUCUUCGACUACAUUGCCUACAUCCCGCUCUUCCUCUCCAUGCACGAGAACAUCAUCGACAACCCCUUGGACCGGCAGGCGAAGUACACCCGCCUGGAGCGGGGCGAGGUCCAGCGGGAUAUGAAUCCCUUAGGCCUGCCGCUCCAGCGGACCUACUUAGGCGCGCCCAAGGAGAUAUUCCCUUCCGGUAUACCGGUGAGAGCUGGCGAGGAUGGGGCGCCUGCUGCAGGGGCCAGAGGGUUCAUCGAGAAGGGCGAGCUGUUGGACGGCGCCGUGGUCGGUGGGAAAUCCGGAAGGUUUCCAAGUAUUUCCCAGAAGACUUCUAGUCCGAUGAGCGCCAAGAGAGGCGGGCGGGCUAAGACUGUCGCCAUGUCCCUACCCUGA